GGAGGAGGAGGAGGAGAGGGAGAGGGCGAGGGACGGGCGGGUCCUCUUCUACGUGAACAGGAGCGGUCUCCCGAUGGACGAGCGGACUUGGCGGAGGAUGUGGGCUCAUGUGGAGCAGCUCCAGCCCGAGGGGCGGCGACUGGAGGACACCAUCCGGAACGGCCCGUUAAUACCCCGACCUCCAAUUCCACCAUUGCCAAAAUACAAGGUGUCUAUGUCGAUUCCAGAAUGGCUGCAGACAAUACAGAACUACAUGAGGCUCCUACACUUGAUAAAUGACAGAUACAAUCACACUGGAACUCAGUUCUUUGAGAUUAAGAAAAACCGACCUCUAAGUUCGUUGAUGGACACAGCCCGAGAAAUGACUCGCGAAUCCUUGCCUAUAAAAUGCCUUGAAGCUGUGAUUCUCGGAAUCUACCUUACUAAUGGACUCAUCGGUACAGAACGCUUCCCUAUCAGCUUUAAAACCCAGUUCUCAGGGAACUACUUUCACCACGUGGUCCUCGGUGUGUGUUUCAAUGGUCGCUAUGGCACACUAGGGAUGAGCAGGAGAGAAGCCUUGAUGGACAAGCCCUUGGUCUUUCGAACUCUGAGCGACCUGAUUUUUGAAUUUGAGGAGUGUUACAACAAUUACUUCCACAGUUUGAAGAAGGUGAAGAUUGGUCAGUAUGUCACACAUGACUCGCACAGUUUUCAGCAGAUUGAAUGGAAGCAUUUGGUUCUUACCACAAGCAGGACAACCAGGGAAGAGCAGAGGAAGGAGCUGGAAAAACAUUCUCGAGAGAUGAGAAUGAAGAUUCUAAAAACCUCAAGUGCCCACUCUCCGGUUAAAGAGCGUCAGAGGGGGAAAUCCCUGUCACCUCGACGAGGCCAGUUGAGCCCUCAGAGAAGAUUGAACCGAAGAGAUAAAUCACCUGCAAUAACAGAGCGUAAACCACGAGAACUCAGCAUGCUGAAUGACGUUGGAUACCAAAUCCGCAUCUAAAGAAGCCAUGGAGCGAAAGCUUUUACUUUUUUCACUCUCUUCAAAUGGUGCUCUCCCUCGCACUUUACCCUCGAAUCGUGUGUUUUAAUGGAUCGUCGUACUGUUUACGAAAAUUUUUACAGAAUUUUGUUCGGACUGCGGAACCAGAAGGUCAAAAAAAAAAACCCCAGAGAGAUCGAUGAUGCGCUUAUUUAAAAUAUAUCUGGUGUGCACAAAUUAUGUUUCCCUAGUUGUAGCACUGUGAUUAGUCCCACUGUAGGUUUGCAAGUUUCCCAGGGACGUUGUUGAUGUGACCACCUUUGCUGGAUUGACAAAUUUGCUAUUUGACUGAUUAUCAGAAUAGGUCACUUUCUCAACACUGGAACGGUGGUUCAUACGGGGGAGUCUGUAAAUAAGAUUGUGAGUAAUUGUAAUGACAAGCUUAUAAGCGACAGGGCAUUGCUUUGGGAGAAGGUUUACCUUUACCUAUUGGAAUUAGCCAAUGGAAGUGAAAACACUACCGAUGUCUUGUGUAGUGUGAAGAUGUACUUCAAGUCAUUUUACUACAAUUUGGGUUUAGAUGAAGGUGGUGAAUAUCACGAUUCAGAAUAUCACUUGGCUGAUGAUUCAAUGGGUAAAAUGCGUGGCACUGAGCAAUAAGAAGAUGUCAAGUGCGAUCCUUGGUCUGCGUUGGUUGAUCUGAACUGAGAUGGCUUGUGUAUGGGAUAGGGAUAGGGGCUUAGAAAGUCGGUCAGCAUUUUUGCUCCUGAUCGCUGUUCAGUGAUCCUCGCUGCAAAUAGCAAAUGUAUAGAUAUUGCGUGAGAGGCAAACAUGCUUUUGCCUAUGCUGUCCUCACAGGUCCAAUUGUCUGGGCACUUGGGUGUGGUAAACUGGAAGAUUGCUGCUGCUGCUGCUUCUUGUUGAACUGUAGGCUAGUAAGAGAGUAAAAGAGGUUGGGGCGGGUGGGGGGUAUAUGGUGGAGGAACAAAUUUAAUUGAGAUCCACACUUGUUGAUUUUCUUUCGAAUAAUGCGUAUGACUGAAUAUCAAGCCGAUUUCAUGCCUACUGGAGAAACACGGUGAGUGGGGCAAUCGGACAGGAGUAAAAUGUUUUACUGCUUUUGAUCCGACGUUUCAGUAUUAGCUUUUGUGAAGUGGACGAGUGUGUCGAGAUUGAGAGAAUUGUUACAGCUUCAGUAAUUGUAAAUCCAAAGUGACGUUGAGUGUCGCAGGAGUCGAAGGAUUUGUAAAUAUUGAAACCUAUGAGGCUGAACAGCCAGUACACCACUCAAGGCUAAGGAGAAAAUUGUUAGCAUAGUUCCCUUGGGUUAGGAUGAUGCACAUUCGGGUUACCCUGGGAAUUAAUGUUCGCAAAGUCUUUGUGAAGCCCGUUCCGAUUAUAGUAUGCUUUUGACCCUGAAGAGUACAAAAUGUCUUUGAAUGCUGUGUACAUUCUGAGGAGCCCAGAGCGGAGAGUUUGUGUUUCUAGUCCUUCAAAAAUGACACGGAUGCAAUUGCGAAAGGGAAAACUAGAUGAAACUGUCAACAAAGCUGGAGCAAAAAUGAAGAUCGAGGACGCAAAUGGUUCACGGGCCUUUAUGAUUAGUAACAGUGGGCUCUAAUUUGAGGUACUUGCAAAUUAGAUUUGUGGGGUUAAUCGAAACUAACAAAUCGCAAAUCCCAACUCGAUGAAAUUCCAAACAAAAGGACCGCAAGUAAAAUGUUGCGUUCGGUAAUGUCGCAAACCAGAGUCACAAUAUGGUUUUGAUGGUUUUACAUUUUAGACCCAAUUUACAAAGGGUGAAAAAAAUACUCCAUCUACUACACAGAUACUGAACACAGCAAAUCCCUCUUCUCUAGUAUCUCCAACGCCUCCCUCCACAAGCCCAAUUCCUGAACACAACUGGAAUACAAGUGCAAAACCAUCCAGCUCUUAAUAUUUUUGACUAUCCAUUACUUAGCAACUGAAUUGUGCUCUUAAUUCUUUCAGUAUUAUUGGACCUUGUUGUUCCUUUUGAUUUUAGUUGCUCCUAAACUAAGUGCAAGUGAGGGAAAACUAUUGUAUCAUAUCACUGAUGGGGCAACCCUUACACAUGUUACUGGAACCCAGAUGUGUGUAUUUUUCUGAUAGUAACUGACUAUCAAAUAUCCACCCCCCCCACCCACACACACACGAAAAAAUCUCCGCUGUCUGUGUAAAAUAAAUGCAAUUUGUGCAAUUUUAAAUUGCUUAAGUGAAUGUUGCUGAGUCCCUAACCCUUUUAAAGUGAUUGGUUAUCCUUGUAAUUUCACAUAUUCUGCUUAUUACUAUCUCUACCUUAUAUUGCGAAAUGCUUGAUCCAAUAUCAAUACUUUGCACCUCCAAUUCAGUGAUUCACAAUUAAUCUCUCCCUUCCCGUUCACUACACGUGUUCAUUCACUAUCUGAUCGCUCACUCUCACUCUGUCCAGCACCUCACGUUACCUUUUAAUUCUGCUUUUCCUGGGGUGAAUUUUGGAGUGAUUCGUAAUGCAUUCGAUGUCUACGUUGAAUACAUUAUGAAACAUCACUAAUUUGUUCGCCAUGCGUAACUUCCUUGGUGAGCGACAACUUCAAAGUCUCUCUCAAAAAUGAUAUCUUCACUCUGUCAUGUCAUCAAAAAUAGUUAUUCUCCAGAUAUUCCUGCAUCACGUGUUCAGUCACCUUUUGGAAUUUGGCAUUUUGCAUUAAACUGCGUAGAUGCCAAUGCUUAGAAUUGGGAGUCUAAGGUGACUUGCUCUAAAUAUAAAUUAAGAUGCUAUCAAACUACUCCAGAGUGCUAAAUUGAGGGAUUUCUGUGUUUUAAGUAAAAUUGACAUGAGCAAUUUUGCGGAUGGAAUCUACUCAAGUAGUUCCAGUGUUAUCUGCAUGUGCCAAUAACUAACUGGUCUCUAACUUGAAAAUACUGUUGUUUACUAACUGCAUGCGUUUCUCUUGAUGCUGUCCUUUAACCGAACACUAGAACUUGCCUUCAAAAAAGAAACAAAAGUACUAAAAAUAAUUCAAAAUAAGGGGGUGGUCUAUUUUAUGUACUGAUAUUUUGACUUACGAUUUGGACACGUGUACAGUUUAAGAUCAAGGGUCGUCCUGCAGGAAGUGAUAUUUGAAUGUUGUAUUUUAUUUCAUGUUUGACAAUUUUCGGAGCUUCCGCUAUUUAUGUAUUUACCUGAUGUGUGUGUUUUUAGAAGCAUGUUGCUCUACACUGUUCCAAGACUGCAAUAGUGAGCAACGUUACUGUACUGGACAGUCCCAGCAUCAUGCACUGCGACUGAGAUUAAAAUGUGAAAAUAGACUUUGAUGCACAAGAUCUACAAAGAUUUUUUUUCUCUCUCUCUCUGCGAUUUUUGAACCCGGGGAACAUUUUUCGUGAUGCAACUUGAAACUUCUUGUGUGAAGCCUUCGAUUUCCGACUUCGCAAGUGGAUUUUUAAACAGUGUGACUGGUUCCCGAACUUGUUGAAAACUUUCUAUUUAUUACGUUUCAGAGUUGGGAUUUUGAUGCCUAAAGCAAUAGAUGUAGCCCACAGAGCCAUUAGAUUGCAUGUCAGGAGAAAAGUGUACUUUUUUUUUUAAAGAACACGCAUGAGAUGUUUCAAUAAAGUCUUCAAACUGCUUCUUUA